CAACAACAACGGCGACUCCAUCGUCUCUGAUUUUUAUCCUUUUAAAUGCUUUUCACGUUGCCAAUUCACCUUCAACAACCUAAACCAAAGCAGCUUGUUCUGUGUGCAAGUGCAUACUAGUGAAAAAAUGAGUUUUGCCGACCCAUGGGUGAAGCAGGACCGCCAACAUAAUAUUAGUGAUUCGCUGUCCGGCACCACUACCGCAAACGACGAAGCGACAACCUACGCAGCGGAGCGACAGACAGAUUCUACGAGUCGUUCAGCAUCACUCGCUUCGCUCGAGUUUGAAGAUAAUUUCGAUCCCAAGCUGAACCCACGUCAACCGCAAGAUAAUCGGCUUCCGGAUUCGGAUAACUAUUUAGCAGUGCUAGAGAAGCGACUGGACCGUCUGAAGCACAGUUCCAGUGUUUUGCAGCAGCUGUCAGAACGUCGUGAGGCGUGCAUGCGGUCAUUGUUAAGCGAUUCUACGACGCUGCGAGGGGAGCUUCUUGAGCUGGAGGAACCCGUAAACAACAGCGAGCUACUAAGAUUCAUACGCCCAGUGCAGGCACUGUCGCAGGCAGAAAUCGUACGACUCGUGCAUCACGAUCAGUUGCAGAAGGAAGAACACGAAGAAUCGCGCGAAGGUGAAGAAAGCGGCACCGAAAGUUCCACAUCACGCUAAAGGAAGUUCGAGAAACGCAGCGGACCAUUGAAAAGCGUGCUGCGCUGCUCCCAUAGGAAUGGCUUCCAUGACAACCGCCGUCAACCUCGAGCAGGUAACCUACUUCCUGGUGACGGGAGCUUCGCGAGGUAUCGGUGCCAAGCUGGCCAUUGAGACUGCACGCAAAUUUAAGGCCGGCUCUGUCGUUGUUCUACUGGCGAGAUCUGCGUCCGGGCUUGAAAGCACACGGUCGGCCAUACUAGAAGGUAAUCCACACGUUACGGUCGUGACGAGCUCGGUUGACCUUGCGACCGCUUCGAAGCAGCUACUGAACGAGAUCCUGGAUAAGUCGCUGCUGGGCCGCGCACCGCACGAACAGUUCGGGCUUGCGUAUGUCAUCCACAACGUAGGUACGAUAGGCAACGUGGAACGUAAGGCAGUCGAGUUGGGCGAUCGCUCUGAAUGGGAGGAGUACUUUGCCACGAACGUGUUCAAUGUAGCCGUCCUGAACAGCUGUUUCCUUGGCAAGUUUGGUACCGUGCCGCAGAAGCUGGUGGUAAACAUUACAUCAAAAGCGUGCAUAGCACCGUUCGCCAGCAUGACGUUCUAUUGCGCGGGCAAGGCGGCCCGCGAAAUGUAUUUCCGUGUGCUGGCCGAAGAGGAAGCUGCCGCAGGUGUUAAGGUGCUUAACUAUUCACCCGGACCGGUCGACACGGAGAUGACGGUCGACAUACAGACCCGUUCCGGUGCGCCCGGUAUUCGUGAAUAUUUUAAAAAUCUUCGUGACACGACCACCAUACUAACGACCGAGCAAACAACGGCCAAAUUUUUGCACAUUCUCGAAAACGGCCUAUUCAAGUCCGGCGAACACGUCGACUACUACGAUCACUAAUCGCGGCAGCAGCAGUGGAGUCCACAUUCCGGUUGAUCCUAACCUAUAAUGCGUUCCAUCGAUUUGAGAUGCCAAACUCUCACUGGAGGAAAAGGCGGCCCACCCU